AUGCGCCGCCCGUACGUUUACCUGAUCAACAUUAGCGCCGCCUUCGGUGUGCUAGCAGCAAAAUUUGACAGCCGAAGAGUGUUUCACUAUCCGGAAUCGAACCCAAUAUACCGCCAGUCGAUUCCGCACCACUGCACAAUAUGCGACGAUUCAAACUGUCUGAAAAUGGACAACGCGUUGUGUGCAUAUCACAAGGAAACAGAUGAAAUAUUAAAAGAAGAACAAACUGACUUCACGAAUGAUAAUACCGCUUUGAAAGCUGAAGUUGACGGUUUACUGUUUAAACUGACAGAACAAGAAUCAAUCGCGGCCGGCGAAUGCAUUCCGUACAUAUCGCAUUACACCGACUGCCAUAAACAAAACAUGUGCUUAGGGUGUAGAAAAUGCGACUGCGAUGCUGCGGGUAGAUGGAAUUGUUUGGACACCCAGCGGUGCCGAGCGGAUGCCGCUUUGAAAGUAGACCACAGAGUGCUUGUGGGGGUCAUAGAAAAUUUAAAUAUGAAUCAAAUCGACGCCCACGUAAGAAAAAAGCGAUCCAGAAACGAGACGUCUGUAACAAAAGUGGAAGAAAGAGAGGAAAGACUGACGUCACAAAAAAUUAUGUCAUUGAUUAAUGGGCCCAAUCGUUCCAUUCCACCGGUAAUUAAUGUUACGGGCAAUCCUAAAAAUAUUACCAACGAUAUAGAUGAUCCAAUGUUCGACAACGAAUGGAACAGCGCAACAGAGAGUAUAGAAUCUACAAUGUUAAUCACCACAGAGAGAAAAGAAACUCAAAAUGAAUCAGACUUGGAUUUCGAUGAAUUGUUCCCAGCCCAAGAGAGCACAUCUCAUAAUAACAGCACAAAAGUACAUUUGCCAAUGUUGAAAAAACACACCGAAGAUAUACUGGACCCAGACUAUAUGGAUACCCCGGACGAAAACACGACACAAAGCAACGACUUAAACAAAACUAUUGAAAACAUGUUAGGCAGUGAAGAAAAAGUUUCAAAAGAAUUUGCACAAAAUUCCACCCAAAAAGAUGAAAAGAAAAUGAUUUUUUAUACAAGUUUGGGCAAAGGUCUUAAUGAAUUAACUACUUUUGGUGGAAGCACAAAAGGGGAUGAA